AUGUCAGCCACGAAAACCAACGAUGGUGACACCGACAGCUACAUGGAGGCCUUUCACUUCACUUUGAGCGCCUCAUGUGCGAAAAAUGGCUUCCCCUUCUUCUCUGUGCAGGGAAAGCCGAUGGAGAUCUCGGGCAAUGCAUGCGUCCGAUGUUUGCACUCGCUGGUCUCGAACCCGAGCUCUCCACGUCGCAUUUCGUACGAAGUCUUUGGGCUGCUGCUGAUCAUUUAUGACUUGAUCUGGCUGCCCAUGCAAGUCUUCGACCAAGAAGACACAAACUUCAGCAUCGUGAUGGGCGUGCUUUCCUCCAUCUACUGGACCUUCGACAUCCCGCUCUCGUUCCUCGUAGGCUUUGCGGUGCAAGAUAAAGGCAUCAUUGAGAUGCGUUUGCGGAAGAUUGCGUGGAACUAUUGCAAGAGCUGGUUGCCGCUGGACGUCGCAAUUGUUACGAUUGACUGGGUUAUCAACUUCUUGGACUGGACAGACAGUCAAAGCGUCAGUGCUGGUGAAGGCAUCUCCUUCUUCCGUAUCGGAAAGGCAGUUCGCUUCCUGCGGUUGCUUCGCCUUCUACGUCUGCUGAAAGCUCACGGACGAUUCAAUGAACUGCUGGAGCAUGUGCAAUCAGAGUUCUCGGUGAUCGUCAUCGGUGUUCUUAGGUUGAUUGCCUUCAUCAUGCUGCUGAAUCACAUGGUGGCCUGCGUGUGGUUUUGGAUUGGGCAGCUCGAAAGACCGGAUACAUGGCUUCUACAGGCCGAUACGGACAUUCUGUCUGCCAAGUUGGCUUACAAGUAUUUCACGGCACUGCACUGGUCCCUGACGCAGUUCACGCCAGCUUCCAUGGAGGUUACACCCAAGAAUGAGAUCGAGCGAUUGUUCAACGUUGUGGUCAUCAUUUCUGCCAUGGUGAUUUUCUCCACGUUCAUUUCUGCAAUCACCAAUGCAAUGAACCAGCUGCGAAAUCUGAACAGUGAAAGGAAUGAACAAGCAUCUCUUCUUCGUCGCUACAUGCAGCAGAACAGUGUCUCUGCACCGUUGAAAGCCCGGGUUUUGCAGAGCGUGAAAGCUCUGAGUCAGACUCGCUCACGCGUGCACGAAGCUGAUGUGACAGUGCUCCGGUUGCUGCCGCUAAGUCUGCGGCAUGAUCUGAGCCAGGAAGUUUACGCUCCUCAUCUAGGGGUGCAUCCAUUCUUCUACGUCUGCAACGUGUGCUUCUCGAUGCAGUCCCGGAAGAUCUACAGCACUGCUUUGACGGAGAAAUCCCUCAGCACUUCCCAGGAGUUGAUCACGUCGGGCGAGAACGCAACGCACAUGUAUUUCGUGAUUGGCGGGGUGCUGGAUUACAAAGCUGAUGAAAGCGAAGAGAAAGACCUUCCCAUCGCUUUGGAGCAGGGCGCAUGGCUAUGCGAGGCGGCCCUCUGGGUGAAGUGGCAACACAAUGGCACUGCUCAGACCAGCGGUGGCUGUGAACUCAUCUCUGUAGAUGCAGGAGGGUUGCAGAGCAUUCUCAAGGAUGAGAAGCCAGUGCGGCAGUAUGCCAGCAUGUUCUGCAAGUACUUCUCGGACAACCCAGACACCCUCUCGGAUAUUUGGGCAGAUGAGGAGGCAUUGUUCGACUGGGCUACAAGAGCUCUGGGGCAGGCUGAGACGUACUACGGCGAUGUGAUUCCCGCAGAGACGACGAAUGCGACAGGAACAAAAUUCUCGGCGUUUGUCAAUGCCCAGAGAAGGGCCAGUAGUGGCUUCAUCGGGCGUCGCUUUUCUGAUGACAGCCUGUCUGGCCUGAUCCCGGGACCAAGUGAUCUGCCACAACUUCUCGAAGGGAUGAUGGGUGAGGAGGGCGGCGGUGGGGUUCACCGCUUGGCUUCGCAAGAGGAGGGUGACGAAGAUGACAGCAGCAGCAGCAGCAGCGGCUUGUCAGACAGCGAUUAA